AUGAGUAUGCUCCAAGUUUCUGAAGCAAUCCUCUAUCGGUGCUUCCCUGUCACCCUCAUAGGAAGCGCUAAACUUUGGUGGAACGCUUUGGGUAAAAGAUCUAUCAGUAGUUUUCGACAACUUAGUCGAAAAUCUAUCCACCACUUCCUAGCUGAUACCAAGCAGAAGCUCCACCCUCAUGUGCUUAUCCAAAUGAGUCAGAGACCAGAAGAAAACCUCCGGGCCUAUUUUAAGAGAUUUCAAGCUAAGAGGUUGGAAGUCAACGACCCGAGAAGUGCAGUCGCCGUGGCAGCACUCAUCGCCUGCUUGUAG